GUGCUUGUGGACAUGACACGAGAGUAGUUACUCGUUCGAGGAGAGUCCUGGGAACGGGGGUAAAGGGACGCUGUUCCAGCGCGGCUGAGUCACACAGAAGGAAACAACUUGCUUGGACUUUGCAUUCGCGCCUUGCGCAACGCGGAAGAACGCAAAUACAGACCCGCGCGCCGCAUUUUGACUCAAACUUGGUCUCGUUCGCAGCACAGGGGACUGCAGGCACAUUUGGACGGAGUAAAACCGCACCACAGAGCACGCGAGGCCGCUGCGCUGUAACACGCCACGAGCCAUUUGAGGAAGACUCCGUCGGUUCCGCGAGCCCCUCUUCAGAAGCGCCUUCUGACGUCAGACGCUCUGAGCGCCGAUUCGCUACGCAAUUUGCGCACGGGCCGCACUGCGCUCCGUCGACGUGCACGUGAAGCACGUUUGCGUAAAUGCGGUCUGUGAAUACGACAGGAGGGAUUAAUUCCAUUUACCCCUGUACGGAUUUUCUCCCGUCGACCGGGACGGCGAACGAAAAAGACAUAUCGGGAGGGGUAAAAAGACGAACGGGGCGGCAGCUGUGUUCCUACACACACCGUGUCCUGCGUUCGCUGUGAGGCGCAGAGCUGCUGGACUGUGUGUGAUCAGCAGUCUUCGGGCCGAAGACUUUGGGCUUUGACAGAUUUGCAGCAACAACCAAGUUCUACCCUGUGGUUUGUAAUUAACUUGCAUUGCCAUGGCGAUGCGGGAUCUGGUUGAGGCAGAGUGUGGGGCUGCCAACCCUCUGAUGAAGCUCACAAGUCAUAUGACUCAAGAAGGAGGGGCUUGGAGGCACAGGGCCACACCUACUAUCCCCCCCACUCCCAUUGAGCUAGCUACUGAAGAAGAGCUGGUGAGCGAGUUCCUGCAAGCCCCCCCACGCCCCCCCCACACUUUUGACAUGGGGCAACUUCUUGAGGAGAUGCAGCAGAUAGACCAGCAGAGCUACAUACAAGCUCCACAAAGAGCUCCUGGUGUCGCAGACCUGGCUCUCUCUGGUGACUGGGCAGCGGAGUUUCUGUCUGCCCCCGACUCCACCUCCGCACCUGGGCAAGUAGGACUCGGUGAUUCGUCCGACGCUGACUGGACCCGAGAGUUCAUCACUGACGCUACAGACCCUGGUCGCUGGGCAGAGGAGUACCUGGAGCAGUCUGAGGAGAAACUCUGGCUUGGAGACCUGGGAGAGAGGGAUCAGGAUCGAGAGUGGACACAGGAAUACCAGUCGGGGGAGGAGCUAAAACAGACAGCCAAUGAGCUUCUGGCGAAAGUUGACGACCCCAAAUUGCAGAACACGGAAUUCCUGCGGUUUAUUAGGCAGAUUGGCGAGGGCACUGUGACAGUGGAGGACAGAGCAGGCAAACUGCAGACAGAUAGAGCUCAAGCCCAAGUGGCAGAGCAGUGGGCCUCUAACAUCAAUCAGUUCCUCGAGGAGACUGGGGGAGGGGCGGUGCAGGUGGAAACUCGAGAGUGGAAGGAGAAGAGUGACAGAGCUAAAGCUAAAGAUGCAUAUGAGUGGGCUACUGUCGUCAGGCAGGUAUCGGAGGAGUCGGCCGAAUCUUGGGUAGAUGAGCUCACUGCUUCGGGUCCCGAUUUCCAGCAGGCCAAAGCAGCUGUAGAGAGUGAUGUUGACUUCUGGGAGAAGCUGCAGGAGGAAUGGGAGGAGAUGACCAAGCGAGAUGCUGAGAGUCACCCCUGGCUUUCAGACUUUGACCAGCUUCUGAGCAGCUCUUAUGACAAGGGUUACCAGUUCGAAGAAGACAAUCCUUACCUUUCCCACCAGGACCCCCUGAGUGAGGGGGUCCGGAGGAUGGAGGCCGGCGACAUACCGGGGGCCGUCCGACUCUUCGAGAGUGCUGUGCAGAGAGAGCCAGACAACCACUUAGCAUGGCAGUAUCUGGGUACUUGUCAGGCAGAAAACGAGCAGGAAUUUGCCGCUAUCAGUGCCCUCCGCAGGUGUAUAGAGCUGAAGAAGGACAACUUGACGGCUCUGAUGGCGCUGGCUGUAAGCUUUACAAAUGAGUCGCUAUACAGGCAGGCUUGCGAGACGCUGCGUGACUGGUUGAAGCACAACUCCAAGUACCGGCACAUACUGGAGCAAGCUGAACAGGAGCAGGAGAAAGAAGGAGGCAAAGAAAGGGAGAAGGACAGGGAUAGAUUUGGAUCGUUACUGCCAGAGUCUCUGUUCAUGGAGGUGCAGUCCCUCUUCCUGAGAGCUGCUGCCUCUGAUCCCAGUCAUGUAGAUCCACAGCUGCAGUGUGGCCUGGGUGUCCUGUUCAACCUGAGCGGGGAGUACGACAAGGCUGUGGACUGUUUCAGCGCUGCCCUCUCUGUCACCCCAGAGGACUAUCUGCUGUGGAACAAACUUGGUGCCACGUUGGCCAAUGGGAGCCGGUCAGAAGAAGCUGUUGCUGCCUACAGGAGGGCACUGGAAUUGCAGCCAGGGUUUGUCCGCAGUCGAUACAACCUGGGAAUCAGCUGCGUCAAUUUAGGGGCUCAUAGGGAGGCGGUGGAGCACUUUCUGGAGGCAUUGACUCUCCAGAGGCAGGCGGCAGGGGAGAGCGGUGCCACAAGGGGUGGCGGUACAGCGGCCACACUGAUGUCAGACAAUAUCUGGUCCACGCUACGCAUGGCACUGAGCAUGAUGGGGGAAAGCUCGCUAUACGCAGCUGCUGAUCGCCGUGACCUUGACACACUACUGCACCACUUCUCCAGGCGAGAGGGAGAAGCAGGGCAUGACUGAAAUCAGGCUCCGUCACAGGGAGGGGGGGUGAUUGUGUGUGAGUGUACUGUGAAAGAACAGGGGAGGAAAGGUUGUUUAGGAGAGAGUGAAUUUCAAAGAGAAUGGACUCAGAGCCUAAGUGGGUAAAGCAUAUGAGAAAGUAAGUAGUACUCAGAGAAGGAAAGAAGCAGUUUGGAGAAAUACGGAAUUGCUAAGAUACAUGGUACUGGCAGUCAAACAAAUUGCUGAGAUUCAGUAGGUUGACUGACCCAUAUAUCUAACUCUUGCACACACCGGGUUAAAUACAGAUUGUCUUUCUCUAAAGCGUUCAGCAGGUUGCUGACACGCGGUUAAUUUUCUUUUGCAUCGUAAGCAGUUCAGUGUGCAUAGCCCGUGUUUCCCCAGUCCACGUUCAUAUAGCCGUAUAUACCCGCUGAAGUGAUUCAGCCUGUCGGGGAUCGAUAACUUUAUAAGUGUGUAAACUUCUGGCCAAAGGCCCACUUCCCUAACGGCUGCACGGUCCACACAGGGUGACAUUAAAAGUGGAAAGAGGCAAGAACUGUAUCACAUUCACGCUGCUCUCUUUCCUAUACCGUCAUCGCCCAUCUUGUAAAAUAAUUUGUAAAUGCUUCCUGACAUAACUUGUACUGUAUUAUAAUUGCUGUACUAUUGUUUUCACAACAGUAAAACUGACGGUAAUGUCUGUUGUAAUCUAAAGCAAUAAA